GCGGAGGUCUUAAAAGUCUUAAAAAGUCUUAAAUUCAUUUUUCUAAAUUUAAGGCCUUAAAAAGUCUUAAAUUCGUCAAAAAUGUCAUACGCUGGUCUUAAAUAAAUAACUCGGAGGUCUUAAAUUUGUCGGGGCAGGACUAUUUUAUUUUUAAAUUUUCUCGCGGGACUUUUCGGGAAGGAGAUGUAGAGAGGCUACUUUCUUGCUAGCUGCAUAUAUAUACGGAUGUCUGCGCGCUUGCUAGCUAGUCUGCAACAAUGGGGAAAUGCAAGUUCAACGUCAGUUGGCUGCAAGACGUCCGUUUCAGAGGUUGGCUAGCGUCUGUUGCCAACCCAGAAGAGGCCAGAUGCAUUCUGUGCAAAAGUACAUUUAAGCUCGGCACCAUGGGGAUUAAGGCUGUCCUCAGCCAUAUGCAGAGCCAAAAACACAAAACCUCUGCCAGGAGCCACACACAGACCCCAGCAAUUUCUACAUUUUGCAUCUCUGCCCCGGCGCCACCGCCGCAGACGGUCCGCGCUGCUAGCACUGACCUGAGGGUAGCAUUUGGUGCGACACCAACGCUGAAAGCGGAGGUGUUGUGGAUUUUGAACACAGUGGUCAAGCACCAGUCCUACAACUCAAAUGAGGGGAUAGGAGAGCUCUUCGGUAUGAUGUUCCCCGACUCUCAAAUCGCGAGCACCUUUACGGCCGGAAAGGACAAAACGGCGUAUAUAACUCGCUUCGGACUAGCGCCGUUCAUCCGCAACGAGCUAAUCUGCAGCGUCAACAAGGCUGAUUUUGUGUUGAUGUUUGAUGAGACGUUGAACCACGCCACUAAGAGCAAACAACUUGACGUGCACGUCCGAUAUUGGGUCGGAGAUCAAGUGCAUUCCCGGUACUUGGGCUCACAAUUCAUGGGACACGCAACAGCCCGAGAUUUACUGCACCACUUCAAAGAGUGUGUGAAGGAGCUGAAUCUGAGGAACAUGGUGUCCAUCUCCAUGGAUGGACCCAAUGUAAAUUGGAAAUUCUUUGAGCUUCUACAGCAAGAGCACGCUGAGCAGUAUGGUGGUGUCCAGCUGGUGAAUGUGGGUAGCUGUGGCCUCCACACCCUACAUAACGCAUUCAAAUGUGGAUUCUCUAUGUGGCAACUGGAGAAGGUGUUGAGGGGGAUGCACUACCUUUUUCAUAACACACCAGCAAGGAGGGAUGACUUCAUUGCCCUCACCAAAUCCUCAGUCUUCCCGCUACCAUUCUGUGGGCAUCGGUGGAUUGAAAACCUGCCAGUUGUAGAAAGGGCCAUAGAGGUAUGGCCUUCACUGGUGACAUACGUGGAUGCAGUGCGGACAAAGAAGGUUCCAAACCCUGGAACAGCCUCAUUUGACACCAUAGAAGCAGCCAAGCAAGAUCCACUCAUCUUGCCUAAGCUACAAUUCUUCAUGGCCAUCUCAAGGACGUUCACUCCCUUUCUGACGAAGUAUCAGACUGACGCACCAGUCAUGCCAUUCCUUUGCAAGGACUUGGUGGAGUUGUUCCAGAGUAUGCUUAGGCGUUUUGUCAAGAGGGAGCAUCUCCAAAACAUCACUCCAGUGCAGCUGGUGAGGCUGGAUGUGGCUGACCAAAAGAUCUGGGUCAACUUGAAGGAAGCUGACAUAGGCUUGGGUGCAGAGGCAGCCCUGAAGGACCUCCAGAGAAAGAACAGCAUAGGAGAGCUCACUGCCCUAGAGUUUAGGAAGGACUGCGUGAAGGGUAUGUCAAAUAUCCUAAAGAAAGUCCAGGACAAGAGCCCCCUGAAGUACCCUAUUGUGAGACAGGUGGCAUGCCUGGACCCCACAGCCAUGUACUCCGACCCGGACUGGUGCCAGGGAAGAAUGAGGAGUGUAGUGCAGAAAUUCCUGCAAGACAAGCAGUUGUCCAGAGGUGUCGCUGCUGGUGAUGUGAUUAUCCAACAGUUUGGGAACUUCAUGUCUGUCGAGGCUAAAAGUGAGAAGUUUUUGUCCUUCCGGCCCAUCGAAACCAGGCUUGAUGUGUUUCUGCAUGGCUUUCUCAGCCAACCCUACCCUGAGCUUUGGGGUUUCUGUCAGAAGAUCCUACUGUUAUCCCAUGGGCAGAGCUUUUAA